CUGGCGAGCUCUCGAGCACUCAGAUGGAGAUUGGCAGCGGCGAAAGACAUGGCAGACCGAGGAAUUGGCGAAUGAACUUGGCGCUUUCACCUUGCAAAUCCCGGACUAUGGCGAGUUGACAAACCCAGCCUGCCGGUGGGAAAUGUCCCCCGGAGACUCCCCGGGCCCAACCUUUUCUUGGAGGUGACAGCGCCACGGCCAGGCAACCCCCACGGCCAUUUUACAAUCCGCUCGCAGCGACGCACCUCAAGAGUUCUCGUUCUUAGCAUCAUGGUCUUCUCCUCUGCGAUUUUUGGCGUGGCGGCUCUCGCGUCGGCCUACAUUGCUGCCCCUGCCGCUGCUGCGGAUGAGCCUCUUCCAUGGGACGGCCGUGGAUUCGACCUGACCGUCGACACGCUGCCGGAGAAGUACUUGACGCACAUCCUGACCAUGCGCAACAACGGCACGGACGGAAAGGUGUCAGACUACGUGUCCAUCGAGAAAGAAGGCCGCUCGCCCGCCUACAACAAGGACACGGGUGUCAUCAACGUUGGCGUGGACGCGAAGGCCAUUUUCAAGACGCAGACCAACUUCCGUCGCUCGGAGCUGGUGCAGAACAUUGCCGCCAACACCGAGGGCACCACCUUCUUCCGCGCCAGCGUCAUGAAGGAGGAGGCCUUCCUGAACCCGUACGCUUGGCAGAUGAUCUUCCCGGAGUCUCACAUCUUUGAGAUCCGUGUGGAUGCCACGGCCAGCCCCGCCAAGAUCAUCUACCUGAACAACGGCACCUGGGAUGCCAAGUGGGAAACCGAGUUCGAGCUCGGCACGUGGUACAACUUCGGCAUCGGCAUUUCGGCCGCCACCUCGGGCAACGGUUCCGUGCUCGAGUUCUACACGAGCGAGGGCGACAAGGACCUCGCUCUUGAGGCCACCCACGACGUGGUGACCGAGUUCCCCUCGAACUAUGAGUUCCACUACGGUCUUUUGACCCUGUCCGAUGAUGGCAGUGAGCCCAAGAUGAACGCCAAGCAGGACAUUGUGUCCUACAACGGUGUGUCGGUGGAGGCUGACGUUUCGACGUCUGCCACGGGCGGUGCUGCGUCCAAGUCUACCAAGACUACCGGAUCCAUUGGCGCUGAGUCCUCGUCUGAUGCUUCCACUGAGACCACCGAGGCCCCGACCACGCAGAACGAGACCCCUGCUACCCAGAACGAGAUCCCCGCCACCAAGACGGGCAUCGUCAAGAGCUCGGAUGGCGGCUGUGCCCGCAAGUAAGUGCACCUAAAAUUAUGUCCGUCUUCAUUUCACUGAAGUGAUGCACGCACCUGGCUAUGCAGUUUGCGCUGUCUUGGCUAGACCUACCUUGUUGGAAUAAAUGUCCACUGUUCGAUGCG